AGACGCUCUGAUGACGUCAGAGAGUGGUGCAGGAAGAUGGGGGACGUGAGAGACCGAAGAUACCGAGACCGCAAAGGCCGUGAAACGGAAUAGUGGUUAAGGAUAUGUCAACAGCGGACGGCGAGUGCUGCGUAUGAUGAGAGACAGUCCCAGCCAGUGUGUUGGUACACGGCCUGAUCAGACAGCAUGGGGCUCAGGCUCAGUGGCAAGGGCCAACAGAGCCCCAGGAUGGUGAUCUUUGCAGCCAUCUUCAUCCUGAUGACACUCCUUAUCCUGUACGGCUCCAAUAAUGUCAACGAUUCCAUCUACACUCCCAUGCAUGUGGCAACAAGUCACACUCUCAAGACCACAGACUUGAAGAAGUGGGCUGGGAAAGACGGUUAUGUGCCAUUUCACGGGAACAAGAGUAUGACCAUGCACUGUCACAACUGCGCGCUGGUGACGAGUUCCAGCCACGUCCUGGGGAGUCAAGCGGGAGAAGAGAUCGACCGCACCGAGUGUGUGAUUCGUAUGAACGACGCCCCCACGUUGGGGUAUGAGACUGACGUAGGUUCCCGGACGUCUCUGAGGGUCGUGGCCCACUCCAGCGUGUUCAGGGUGGUGCGAAGACCGAACGAUUUCUUACACCGCAUGGACAGCAACCCUGUGAUCAUCUUCUGGGGACCCCCAAACAAAAUUGGGAGGGAUGCCAAAGGAACUUUGUACAGACUGAUCCAGAGAGUCAGCAUGACCUACAGUAACGUGUCUUGUUUCAGUAUUGCACCAAGCAAAAUGCGCAAAUUUGACGCCCUCUUUCACAGGGAGACAGGACGAGACAGACAAAAAUCUCACUCAUGGUUGAGCACAGGCUGGUUCACGAUGGUCACAGCCAUUGAGAUAUGUGAUAAUAUUAAAGUAUAUGGGAUGGUCCCACCAAAUCACUGCAGUCCUUUUUCUAGAAGGAAACCUGGAUCCAAGAAGAUGCCAUACCACUAUUACAAACCCAGGGGACCUGAUGAAUGUGUAACAUACCUACAGAACGAGAGCGGGAGAAGAGGAAACCACCAUCGCUUUAUUACAGAGAAACAGGUGUUUGCACGCUGGGCGAAGCAGUACAACAUCACCUUCGCUCAUCCGAAAUGGUGAAAAAAAACUGAAAACCACAAACAGACCUCUCUGCACUCGCAGAAGCCUGGACGAUCACUCUGGGCUGGAUUUCAUUGUUAACUGAGCCUUCUAAUUCCCACAUGAUGAAUUAUAACUUUUUGGAAAAAAAAACACUAUUAUUGGAGCAAAUAACUGAGGAGAUGUAUGGGAAUGUUUUCUGAUCCAGAAGAAUGCAAAAACUCAUUUUUGAGAGCUUUCUGAAAUAGUCUGCGAAUCUUCCACGUCGAUACGUGGCAGCUGCCUGGCAAGUCGUUUUGUAAAUAGAAAAGAAAAUGAGUUUAAAGAUGAAUUUUUACAUGUUUAUAAUAUUUUUGUUAUUAUGUAUUGAAAAUGCACUUCUGUUUCCCAUGCUGAGGGGGAUAUAUCAGCAAGCAUUAUAAUUAGAUAUGUGACAAAGUGGCCUACAAAAUACACACUAGACAGUAUAGCUCUCAUUUGUCCAUUAUAGAGAUUAUACUCUGUAGUAAUUUCAUUGAUAUUCAGCAGAUUACGAAUUCAAUCUAUAUAGGAGCUUUAUAAUACAGUAUGUAAGCAACAUGGCUGGGUACAGGUUUUUUUUUUUUUUUUAACAAUAGCAGUUCCUGAAUUGAUACCAAAACAAUACUUUCUUGACAUCUUCUCUCGAGGAAUAUAAACGUUUCUUCUUAGACUUCAUUUUUAAAAAAAAAGCCAAACAAAUAAUUGUUUAAUUUCUUAAAACAUAGCAUCUUUACAAUAACAAAAUAAAAGUCUAAAUUGGCAUAAUUGUGAUUAAAAUGAGAGAAUACAGCAAAACACGACCAUUAAUAUGACCAAGGAUUCCCAUCUUAUGAUACUUCACUGUUUUUUCAUACUUGGUGCUACAGAAACAUUUUGAUCAAGACUCAAAAAGUAUUACUGAUUAAAACCCAGCCCAUGAAGAUGAAGAACAUAGGGACCUUAUGACAAACCAUUACAUCACUGUUUAUGCACCAGUUAUUAUUGUAGAGAAACACAUUGUAAUUUUCUGUUGAUCUCAGCCUUAGAUGUUGAUUUUAAUGCUUUUGAGAAAAUUAGACUAUAAACAUAAAACUGUUGCCUCAUAACUUAAACCUUUUUACCUCAAUGGCAUUCCAGCGCAUGCAGCUUCAGUUCAAAUGCAUCAUGGUCGUGUUACGUAUCAGUAUGUUGCUCUUAGGACUGCACGAUUAAACUAAAAUUGCAAUUUUACUGUACAAACCUGAUGAAGAGAAGGGUGCGAUCUCUUCAACUCUGUUGCCUUGUGCAAGUAAUUAGUUUGUUUUCUUAGAUAUGUCCACAUGCAGGAGAGGCUCCUCUCACAAUGCAAGAAAUGUGCUUGAUUCUUUGAGAUCAGAAGACUUUUUUUGUUUACCUUUCAAUCUAUCGGCCAGUAAUGAACAGAAAAGAUAUACAUGAAGUGCAUUGACUGUUGUGAUACUUUAUCCACAUUAAAUUGCCUGCUAAAUUUAUUGAGAUAUUAGCCUGAAAAAAAAAAAAAAAAAGAUUUCUUAGUUUUAUAUGAUGCAAAAUUUUUGAAGAACUAUGAACUGAGUACAUACAACAGUUUCUAAUAUUUUGUCCACCCAAUUUAUUUGAAGGAGGGUGCACUAAGUAUUAGAAACACCUGUGUAUUUAACACAAUAAAACUGAACAGCACCACAAACUACAGCCUCCAACUUGACCAAAAAAGAUGAAUCAACACCUCUGUGAAACCGUUUCAACAAAAACAGCAGCAUUAUAACACUCAUGAAGGGAGGAUUUAUUGCAUCAUUUUUAUUAGGCUGCAUUGGUUUUAGCUGGAAGAGCUGGCAUUAAAAUGAAAUCUGUCUGUCUUGCGUAACUAAAAACUGAAAUUCUAAUGACGGGUAGAUGCAUGCAGCAUGUCACUGUAACUGGAAUGUGAUUGCAUCUGGAAGACAAUCAGAGCUGUGGUCUUGGACAAACUUCCAAGUUUCAGAUGUUACUAAAAAGCAGAUGGACCAUUGCUUCUGAAGUAGUAUAAACACGUUUGACCUGUUUGCUCAGUGACAUGAAGCCAACUCUGGUGUUCACUGAUCAAAGUUUAACUAAGAAGUUCAGUGCCAUUUGUUUGUCCAUGUUUUGCUGGUCUCAACACUGGUUUUCCUGAAAUGUUCUGUACUGGUUAAAAUCAAUUAUAUGCUGUUGAAAAAAAAUACAACAAGUACAAACUUGGGGAUAGUA